AUGGGUUAUCUUCAGAGAACUUGUAAGCCCAAGACCAGCACAGAUACAACUAAGUUUUCCCGGAACAAAGACAAGACACACGAGCUUUCCCAAAAAGCCUUGUCCAACUUGCCCGUCCCGGAUCUUCAGUCAACCCUGGACAAGUAUUUGGCCAUGGUCAAACCCAUUGUAGAGGAAAAGCAGUACGAUAUCACCAAACAAAUUGUAGCAGAGUUCGGUCAAAAAGUAGGCGAUGGAGAAUACCUGCAAGAAAAGUUAAAAACAUACGCUGAAACCAAAGAUAAUUGGGCGUAUAAUUGGUGGUUAGACGAGAUGUAUAUGAAAGUACGACUUCCUCUUCCUGUGAACUCUAACCCAGGCAUGGCAUUUCCGCGCCAGUAUUUCGAAGAUGAACGCGCACAGUUACGGUUUGCAGCCAGGUUAAUUUCUGGCAUUCUGGACUAUAAAACAGUUAUUGACGUAGGGCUGCCAAUAGAUCGAGCCAGGCACCGUGAGAAAGGCCAGCCGCUGUGCAUGGAACAGUACUACCGACUGUUCACUUCCUACCGGGUUCCGGGCAAGGGCAAAGACAGUCUCGUGGUGGACGCCACAAACAUUUUACCCGAACCUGAACACAUUGUGGUUAUCUGUAAAAAUCAGUUUUUUGUGUUGGAUGUUGUAAUCAAUUUCUUACGAUGUACACAAGACAAUCUUUUUACUCAACUUUCCCGAAUUGUGAAAAUGGCCGAGGAAAAUGAAAGUACAUGUGAUCCUAUUGGAAUCCUCACGUCACUCGGGCGGGAUCAGUGGGCUACUGCGCGCAUGCGUUUGAUGGAAGAUUCUAGUGAGAGAAUAUCUACCAAUCUUAUGGAGAGGUGUAUACUCGUGCUGUGUCUGGACUCAAGCGUACCAAAGAUGAGAUACAGACGAUCCUACUUAAACAUAUUAUCGAAAAUUAAAAUCUUUUAUGAAAAUAUUAAUUCAGGCUAAUUAACUGCUUUGUGUUUUUGUCUGCAGCUUGUGAUUGAAGAGGACGGAGCCUGUGGUUUGAACUAUGAACAUUCUCCAUCUCAAGGCAUUGCUGUGGUUCAACUCAUAGAACAUCUCCUCAAGUACAUGUGAGAGGUGAGAACGCGACGAUUACCACGGAUGCAGUCAAUAUGUGAGUUGCCUUAUCGCUAUUUUAAUAUUGCCUGGCCCAACAGUUCUAUGAAAUUUUACCACGUACAAUUAAAGAUGUUGAUAAAGAAUCUGGAUUUGUACUUUCUCCGUUUUUCUAAGUUCGGUCGAGAGUUUCCGAAAACACAAAAUAUGAGCCCUGACUCGUUUUUCCAAUUAGCGCUGCAGCUGACUUAUUACAAGGUUCACGGGCGUUUAGUGUCCACCUACGAAAGUGCGUCCACCAGACGUUUCCGGUUGGGGAGAGUAGAUAACAUCCAGGCAUGUUCACCUCCGGCAUUGGAAUGGGUAAAGGCAAUGGCUGGAGAAAUAGAGGCCACGGAUGAGGAGAAAAUGAAGUUGUUGCGAAAAGCCAUGGCCUGGCAGACAGACAUUAUGGUUCAGACAAUUCUGGGACAUGGCAUUGAUUGUCAUUUGAUGGGACUGAGAGAGAUCGACAAUGAGCUCAACUUUCUCGUACCGGAAAUAUUCACAGACCAAUCUUACAUCAGCUCUAAUCAGUUUACCUUAUCCACCAGCCAAGUACCCACGACGAUGGACGAUGCGUCCAUGUGCUACGGCCCGGUUGUCCCUCACGGUUACGGAGUCUGCUACAAUCCUCACCCCAACAACAUCCUCGCGUGCGUCUCCUCAUUUCAUAGCUCUUCAGAGAGUGGCACCGAAUUCUUCGCAUUGACUUUGGAAAGCAGUUUUCUGCAAAUGUACGAGUUGUGUAUGAAGCUCAGUGCUGGCAAUGCCGAUAACUAUGCAAAGCAGCGCGUGAAUGGUGUUUCCAGCAGUUCUUUAGCGUCCACUGACGCUACCAGUUGUCCACCAGUUAACGGGAUCAAUGGGAAACCUAACUGCCCGAAAAAUGACUUGGACUCAUCAAACGUGUGUAGUAACGGGGGUGUGGCUGGAGACAGUCCACGCCGGAACAAGUUGAUUAGACAGAAGGACCGGAAUUCUCUAGACCGGAAGUAGUGGUGGGUUCACGGAGAAUUAUGUGCACAUGUUAAAACUGUGAUGAGAUGUUAGGUUGUUAUGGUCAGAUUAAUACGGCUUGUUAAUUAGGCUGUAGGAUAAAAUUCAUAUAUAUGACGCUGGGUUAAGUAAGGUGUAGUUAGAUUGAUUGUUCCUCAAAAACCGUUGUCGUCCUACUAUGGUGCUACAUAUAACACCGGAGGAAAUCCAUUACAGCAAUAAACAUGAGACAGUUUUUUCAUUUUGUUAACGACAGUUGUGAAACUCCUGGUGGUGAUUUAUCGCAGAUUUUUCUGCAGGGCUCAGUAAUGAUUUAUAUAUGUCCACGUGGAGCUGACAGUUAUGACUAUUUUUCACAAUGAUUAAGCUGUCAGACAAUUAGACAUUGCCGUAGUUAAUCCCCGUUUCGCCUGUUACUAAACAGGAUGUAAUUCUGUACAAGCAGAGCACGUGUUCAGUCGGCUUGUUCUCAGUGGUACAUAUUGCAUGUGAGGAGGCAUGCAGUUUUUGUAACGUACAUGAUGAACUUAUUGUAUUCCGCAAUGUACUAGUCAAACUUCCAUGGGAUCACAUACACCUCGGGCAAUUUAAACUGUCUGUCGUAAGAUAUAUUCUGGAACGAUAAAUAAUCAUUGCAAAUGUACUUGGUUUUGUUCCAGAUUGGGGAAUAUGUUGUAUAUCAAUGUUGACGGGGUAGUUUAUGUAGGUCUACAUGACAGAUGAUCAACAAUGACGAUUUUAACAUUUUUUAUGACCAGUACUGGUAAUGUUGAAUCUUGGCUUUGUAUGUAUUUACCUGUUAAACAAGUAACUGUUAUGUAAGCCGUCGGAUUCGGUUGGUACGGCUCCACAAUCUUGUUUACCAUUACAACUGGAUUGUUUGUUGAGGAGAUUACUUGUAAGGAGUAAUCUCACGAACUUAUAUAUCUGUUGAUGUUACUCUGUUGAUAUUACUAGCCUAGUGGUAAUGCAUUCUUCAUCUUAUUUCAUCUAUUACCGUUCUAGAAAACAAACUUUAAAGGAUGUUACAAGAUGCUUAGUAACUUUAAAAUCAUCUUUUUUGUUCUUUAUUGUUAGAGUUAUUAUCACUGGAAUAACCUUUUACACACUUCUAAAGUAAUAUUGCCUAGAAUUAUCAGUAAAAAUCCCAUAUA